AGAACUCGUGAUUUUUUUUUUCUUUCUCUAUACUGAUUUUUUUUUUCUGGAAUCAAAUCUCUCUACUGAUUAGGAUACUGUAAUUAAUAAAAAUAUUUUGUAAUUGUUCUCCAAAAUACAUGUUUUAAAAUCUUUUUUAUUAUUAGACUUACUUACGACUAUUAUACUAAUGUAUAUAAACAGAGAAAUCACAUGGCUUGUGGACUGUCCUGACAGUGAUUAAUUAUUAUGCCUUCCCUUAAGCAAUCAUAGCUUUGUUGAACCUUAUUUUUCUUUUAGUUGUUGCCAAAAUUAUGUAUUUUUUAACCCACUUAGAUACCUCUACUUUCACAUAAGUUUCAUUAAUAUACCUUUACUCUAUUUAUACAGUUGACUCUUUUGCUCUAUAGUUGUAACUAUUUUAUUUUGUAAUAAGUUCCAAUUUCAGCAUUAUUUUUACCAGGAAAAUCCUUAAAAGAUUCUAUGCAAAAUCCAAUAUAUUCACUUCACAUAGAUAUAAUAAAAAAAAUUAUAAAAGAUAUAAUUGAAGAAAGGCUGCCCAUGUGGGCACUUCCAAAUAAAUCUCCAGAAUCGAUGCUUCAAAUACAUUGGAUGUUUACUAAACAACAUAUAUAUGAACAAACACACCCACGAAGGAAAAUCCGAAGACCCAAUCUUUGUUAUAAAACACAACUUCUCUCUUUUUAGAAUCUCUUGUCUUCUUCUUUUUACCUUUCUUCUUUUCUUUCUUUUGUAACCUCUUGUCUGAAAACGAAAUGGAUCAUGUGAGUUCAAGCGAUUUACUUAUUGAUGAUCUUCUUGAAGAUUACUGGUUCUUUGAGAACUUAAUUACAAGAAGGUCAAGAGGCUUAAGUUAUUGUCAUUCAGAUCCUUACCCUUCUUCUUCUACUUCAACUGCUGCUGAAAAAAUGGGAGAUUUAGAUUCGGGGAAUGUUCUAGAAGCUUCCACAGGACGAUCUUUGAUCAGGGCAUCUUCUAUAGAUAGUAGAGAAGGCGGAUCUCAGACGAAGCUGACGAGGCAGUUCUCUGAAAAGAUUAGGGUUCAAGAACCGAGACACGUUGGGUCUUCCUUGCAGAAGAAGGAACCUGUAGUUCUUCCUAAAUCUGGAUCUCGUUCGGCUCCGGGGAAGAUUCAAGAAGCUUCCAAGAAAAGGGAUUUGAUCCGGACACCUUCUUUGCCGCCUCAGAUAGAAAAAAGAGAUAUGGACCGUGAGGCGAAGAAGAUGAUCAAUAAGCUGACAAGGCAGUUCUCUGAGAAAAUUAGGGUUCUAGAACCGACGAGGCCUGGUGAGCAUUUCUUGCAGAAGAAGGAAACUAUUGUUCGAGACAAAGGGAUUAGUGAAAGUUCUAGAAGGAACAAAAUAGGAAGUAGUAGUAGUAGUUAUAGUAGUGGCAAGAUUAGUUUGCAAAGAACUCAAACGAUGCCAAAUAACAUCAGAAGAGAAGAAGAUAACGAGAUAGACGAGUUUGAAGAUCAAGAAAGCGACUCAAGAAUGGGAUUUUUGAUCCGUGAAGCCCUCGCUAGCUCACAUAAUGUUCCAAAGGUUUCAAACAAUCAAAGGCAGAGACCACCGAGAAGCUUGAGAUUAGAAGACACUGUUAUGGUCAAACAAGGUGGCUCAAGUCCCAAAACGCUGCGUAAAACGUUAAGCAGCGUAGAAACAUCCAAAGAGAUUCAGAGGCAUAGAGAUUAUGACCAACUGGUCGAGCCACGUGUCGCAAGCGGACUAGCUACACCACCUAGGGUUCCAAAGGAUUCAAGUAAAGAAAUGAAGGAUCAGAUCAAGUUUUGGGCUCGAGCCGUAGCUACUAACGUCCGACAAGAGUGCUAAGAUUUUUCUUACACUAAUUAACUGUGUUUCUUUGUGACACUAUUCCGUACAUAUAUGAUUCUUAUCGUGAACUCUUUUGUGUGUUUUUUUUUCUGAUCCUCCUGAAAUAAUGAGAUUCCUCUGUUUAUGUGAUGA